AUGCGCCGUCUCCCGAUGCGCCGUCUCCCGAUGCGCCGUCUCCCGAUGCGCCGUCUCCCGAUGCGCCGUCUCCCGAUGCGCCGUCUCCCGAUGCGCCGUCUCCCGAUGCGCCGUCUCCCGAUGCGCCGUCUCCCGAUGCGCCGUCUCCCGAUGCGCCGUCUCCUGAUGCGCCGUCUCCCGUCUCCUGAUGCGCCGUCUCCUGAUGCGCCGUCUCCUGAUGCGCCGUCUCCUGAUGCGCCGUCUCCUGAUGCGCCGUCUCCCGAUGCGCCGUCUCCUGAUGCGCCGUCUCCCGAUGCGCCGUCUCCUGAUGCGCCGUCUCCCGAUGCGCCGUCUCCUGAUGCGCCGUCUCCUGAUGCGCCGUCUCCUGAUGCGCCGUCUCCCGAUGCGCCGUCUCCUGAUGCGCCGUCUCCCGAUGCGCCGUCUCCUGAUGCGCCGUCUCCUGAUGCGCCGUCUCCUGAUGCGCCGACUCCUGAUGCGCCGUCUCCUGAUGCGCCGUCUCCUGAUGCGCCGUCUCCUGAUGCGCCGUCUCCCGAUGCGCCGUCUCCCGAUGCGCUGUCUCCUGAUGCGCCGUCUCCGGAUGCGCCGUCUCCCGAUGCGCCGACUCCGGAUGCGCCGUCUCCGGAUGCGCCGUCUCCGGAUGCGCCGUCUCCCGAUGCGCCGUCUCCCGAUGCGCCGUCUCCCGAUGCGCCGUCUCCCGAUGCGCCGUCUCCCGAUGCGCCGUCUCCCGAUGCGCCGUCUCCCGAUGCGCCGUCUCCCGAUGCGCCGUCUCCCGAUGCGCCGUCUCCCGAUGCGCCGUCUCCCGAUGCGCCGUCUCCCGAUGCGCCGUCUCCCGAUGCGCCGUCUCCCGAUGCGCCGUCUCCCGAUGCGCCGUCUCCCGAUGCGCCGUCUCCCGAUGCGCCGUCUCCCGAUGCGCCGUCUCCCGAUGCGCCGUCUCCCGAUGCGCCGUCUCCCGAUGCGCCGUCUCCCGAUGCGCCGUCUCCCGAUGCGCCGUCUCCCGAUGCGCCGUCUCCCGAUGCGCCGUCUCCCGAUGCGCCGUCUCCCGAUGCGCCGUCUCCCGAUGCGCCGUCUCCCGAUGCGCCGUCUCCCGAUGCGCCGUCUCCCGAUGCGCCGUCUCCCGAUGCGCCGUCUCCCGAUGCGCCGUCUCCCGAUGCGCCGUCUCCCGAUGCGCCGUCUCCCGAUGCGCCGUCUCCCGAUGCGCCGUCUCCCGAUGCGCCGUCUCCCGAUGCGCCGUCUCCCGAUGCGCCGUCUCCCGAUGCGCCGUCUCCCGAUGCGCCGUCUCCCGAUGCGCCGUCUCCCGAUGCGCCGUCUCCCGAUGCGCCGUCUCCCGAUGCGCCGUCUCCCGAUGCGCCGUCUCCCGAUGCGCCGUCUCCCGAUGCGCCGUCUCCCGAUGCGCCGUCUCCCGAUGCGCCGUCUCCCGAUGCGCCGUCUCCCGAUGCGCCGUCUCCCGAUGCGCCGUCUCCCGAUGCGCCGUCUCCCGAUGCGCCGUCUCCCGAUGCGCCGUCUCCCGAUGCGCCGUCUCCCGAUGCGCCGUCUCCCGAUGCGCCGUCUCCCGAUGCGCCGUCUCCCGAUGCGCCGUCUCCCGGAUGCGCCGUCUCCCGAUGCGCCGUCUCCCGAUGCGCCGUCUCCCGAUGCGCCGUCUCCCGAUGCGCCGUCUCCCGAUGCGCCGUCUCCCGAUGCGCCGUCUCCCGAUGCGCCGUCUCCCGAUGCGCCGUCUCCCGAUGCGCCGUCUCCCGAUGCGCCGUCUCCCGAUGCGCCGUCUCCCGAUGCGCCGUCUCCCGAUGCGCCGUCUCCCGAUGCGCCGUCUCCCGAUGCGCCGUCUCCCGAUGCGCCGUCUCCCGAUGCGCCGUCUCCCGAUGCGCCGUCUCCCGAUGCGCCGUCUCCCGAUGCGCCGUCUCCCGAUGCGCCGUCUCCCGAUGCGCCGUCUCCCGAUGCGCCGUCUCCCGAUGCGCCGUCUCCCGAUGCGCCGUCUCCCGAUGCGCCGUCUCCCGAUGCGCCGUCUCCCGAUGCGCCGUCUCCCGAUGCGCCGUCUCCCGAUGCGCCGUCUCCCGAUGCGCCGUCUCCCGAUGCGCCGUCUCCCGAUGCGCCGUCUCCCGAUGCGCCGUCUCCCGAUGCGCCGUCUCCCGAUGCGCCGUCUCCCGAUGCGCCGUCUCCCGAUGCGCCGUCUCCCGAUGCGCCGUCUCCCGAUGCGCCGUCUCCCGAUGCGCCGUCUCCCGAUGCGCCGUCUCCCGAUGCGCCGUCUCCCGAUGCGCCGUCUCCCGAUGCGCCGUCUCCCGAUGCGCCGUCUCCCGAUGCGCCGUCUCCCGAUGCGCCGUCUCCCGAUGCGCCGUCUCCCGAUGCGCCGUCUCCCGAUGCGCCGUCUCCCGAUGCGCCGUCUCCCGAUGCGCCGUCUCCCGAUGCGCCGUCUCCCGAUGCGCCGUCUCCCGAUGCGAUGCGCCGUCUCCCGAUGCCCGUCUCCGAUGCGCCGUCUCCCGAUGCGCCGUCCCCGAUGCGCCGUCCCCGUGCGCCGUCUCCCGAUGCCCGUCCCCUGUGCACCGUCCCCGAUCCCGCUACCCUGAUGCCGCCCCUCACAACCCCGACGAACUUAUGGGAGAGGAGGAGCUUGAUGCCUCCUUCUCGGUUGACUCCUUCUUCGCCGAGGAGGCGGUCACGCCUGCUGUCUCUGCUCCUCCCCCUGCUAAGCGCGUCUGUGCUGUUGGUUCCUCCAGUUCCGCGCCUGUGGCUCCCCCCGCGGCCUCGGUGGUGCCGCCUGUCACACCGGUAACAGCUCCCGUGGCUGGACCUUCCGCGGCAGCGCCUGCUCCUUCGGCGUCUACCCAGGAGGCUAAUCCUGUUGUCGCCCUCGCUAUUACCGGUCGUUAUCUUCGUCUUCGUCGUAACCGUGACUCUGUGGGAGUCGUUGUGGCGGCUUUGGUGCGUGAUACUGAUGCCGUCGUUGUGCUCUUGUUCCCUGAAGCUCUUGAAGCACACCGCAGCAGGAUCAUUACCCGUGUCCGCAGUAUUCUCCGUGGCCGCGACUUUGCCGGUGGUCGCGUUCCUGUGUUCAAAGCCUCGGCUGGCAAGCUCCUUCGCCUCCCCCGCAAAUCGUACUGCCGCCAUGUUCUGCAGUGGCCGACUGUGGACGAUACGAACCGCUUUAAGCGCAUGCUGCCGAUCACCUACUGUUCGUCCGAAGGACCAACAGCCGACGUCAAGGUCUUUCAGGACCCUGCUCCCGACUUCUCGGCGGCCAAAGCUCGUGGUGAAACCGUGCUGGUGCUGCGGAACAUGCCCGUGGGCCUCGCGCAUCCUGCUGUGGCUUCUUUCAAGGCCGACCCCGGCACGUUCUUCAUUGGGACCGAUCUCGAAGUCGAAGUCUGGACUUGCGCACUUUGCUCCUUCUGCUGCGGCUGGGCACUGGACAGUGCUAUGGAGCACAUCGCCAGCCCCUCUCAAUUGACUGCUAUUCAGCAGAUCUCUGGCAACAUCAUGCCCCUGGAGGAGUUUGGGGACGUGAAGGUCCAUGUUUUCAACCAGAAUGGCACGAUUGCCACCUUCCUCGCUCAGGGAUAG